AUGGCUCAGCAGAUGCUUUACCGCGCUCUGGUCUCCACCAAGUGGCUGGCGGAAUCCAUCCGGGCGGGCAAGCUGGGGCCGGGCUUGCGGGUGCUUGAUGCGUCGUGGUACUCCCCGGGUACCCGAGAUGCCCGCAAGGAGUACAUGGAGCGCCAUGUACCUGGCGCCUCUUUCUUUGAUAUUGAGGAGUGCCGGGACAAGUCUUCACCUUACGAGAUGAUGCUGCCCAGCGAGGCGCACUUUGCCAACUAUGUGGGCCACCUGGGCAUCAGCAACAGCACGCAUGUGGUGGUGUAUGAUGGCGACCAGCUGGGCAGCUUCUAUGCGCCCAGGGUCUGGUGGAUGUUCCGUGUGUUUGGCCACCGCACCGUGUCGGUGCUCAACGGGGGCUUCCGGAACUGGCUGAAGGAGGGCCACCCGGUGACAUCUGAGCCCUCAAACCCAGAGCCAGCCACCUUCAAAGCCACCCUGGACCCUUCCCUGCUCAAGACCUACGAGCAGAUGAUGGAGAACCUCAAAUCAAAGAGGUUCCAGAUGGUGGAUUCAAGGGCCGAGGGGCGCUACCUGGGCACUGAGCCAGAGCCAGAUACAAAAGAUCUGGGCUCCGGUCACAUCCGUGGCUGCCUCAACAUGCCGUUCAUGGACUUCCUGACAGAGGAAGGCUUUGAGAAGAGCCCCGAGGAGCUCCGGGCCAUGUUCAAGGCCAAGAAAGUGGACCUCACACAGCCCCUCAUCGCCACCUGCCGGAAGGGUGUCACCGCCUGCCACAUCGCCCUGGCCGCCUACCUCUGUGGCAAGGCCGAUGUGGCCAUCUACGAUGGCUCCUGGUCAGAGUGGUUCCGCCGGGCGCCCGCCGAGACCCGGGUGUCCCAGCGCCGGAGUGAGAAGGCCUGA